AUGGCGUCAUCAGCAGCAACACACUCCCCGGUCCUCAAACAGUCAGUCAAGCUUGCCUGCGUGCAGCUCGCCUCUGGCCCGGACAAGACGGCCAACCUCCUGCACGCCGCCGACAAAGUCCGCGAGGCAGCCUCCGCCGGCGCCAAGAUCGUCGUGCUCCCGGAAUGCUUCAACUCCCCCUACGGAUGCGAUCACUUCCCCCGCUAUGCCGAGACGCUCCUCCCGUCCCCUCCGUCGCGGGACCAGAGCCCGUCCUUCCACGCGCUCUCCGCCAUGGCGCGCGACAAUGGCGUCUACCUCAUCGGCGGCUCCAUCCCCGAACUCGCAACCACCACGGGGGAGGGCGAGAGCGAGAAGAAGACGUACUACAACACCUCACUAACCUUCUCGCCCACGGGCGCGCUGUUGGCGACGCACCGCAAGGUGCACCUCUUCGACAUCGACAUACCGGGCAAGAUCACGUUCCGGGAGUCGGACGUGCUCUCGCCGGGGAACAAGCUGACGGUAGUCGACCUGCCCGAGUACGGCCGCGUGGGCAUCGCCAUCUGCUACGACGUGCGGUUCCCGGAGCUGGCCAUGAUUGCGGCGCGCAGGGGGUGCUUUGUGCUGAUCUACCCGGGCGCAUUCAACAUGACCACGGGCCCGCUGCAUUGGCAGCUGCUUGCGCGGGCGAGGGCGGUGGAUAACCAGGUGUAUGUGGCGCUGUGCAGUCCAGCAAGGGAUCUGACUGCGGGUUAUCAUGCUUGGGGUCAUAGUGUUGUGGUGGAUCCCAUGGCGCAGGUGCUGGUGGAGGCGGAGGAGAAGGAGGCUGUUGUAGUUGCGGACUUGGACGGGAACAAGAUUGAGGAGGCGAGGAAGGGGAUUCCAUUGAGGGAUCAGAGGAGGUUUGAUGUCUAUCCUGACGUGAGUCAGGGCAAGGUGAACUUCGAAGAGCCGUAG